AUGGUAGGAAAGGUUGAAGACUCUGGCUCCAGUAAGUUUAUGUGGAAAUUAGUAAGCCUAAAGGGAAGAGAGAGACCUCAGGGAGUGUUAAUAUUUGUAUCAAGGGGUUCACAGCCAGAGAUUAUACAGAGGAACAUGAGAAGCUGUUGGGGGAUUGCAGGACCAGCUGGACCAUGGGUGUGGUGGCUAUGGGGAAGAUAG